UUUCGAAACUGAAUAUCAUUUCCUGCCGAACACUGGUGGAAGGGCUUUAGUCUCUAUCAUGGCGAGUCAACGAAAAGAACCAUCUGCAAUAAUUAAGCUGUACUUAAUUCUCUACAACUCGGUGCAAUUCUUAGGAUGGUUCUACAUAUUCGUACAAUUCGUGAUGCAUGUAUUCCUGGAGGGAAAACCUGCGACCACCCUGUGGGAUCGUGUUGGUCAGGCUACUUACUUUUUCCAAUUGCUCGCCAUAGCUGAGUUCUUCCACGCCCUCUUCCGUCUGGUUCCGAGCAAUCCCAUUUUUACGCUGCUGCAAGUAUUCGGACGCUGUAUGGUUGUCGUCGCAGGUCUCGAAGGAACUCCGGGCGGCAAGGUAUCCCCGGGACUCCCGAUUGCCAUUUUCUGCUGGAGUUUGAUGGAAAUCAUCCGCUACAGCUACUACGUUCUCCACCUCGCAUUACCCAAAGUUCCUCGCUUCCUGACCUGGCUACGGUACACCAUCUUCAUUCCCCUGUACCCAUUCGGAUUCAUCGGUGAACUGCUUUGCUUCUACUGGGCUCAACCGUACUUCCGCGAAACGGAUAUGUGGAGCAUAUCUAUGCCCAACCGGUUCAACUUUAGCUUCUCGUUCUACUACUUUGUCUGGAUGAUGUGCAUCGGAUACCUACCGAUGUUCCCGUAUAUGUACCUGCACAUGUUCGGUCAGCGUCGGAAGGUUCUGGCAGUGGGAGAGAAGCAGAAGGUCAAAUGACUGCCAAUUAGCAGUGAAGAUUUGUAAUCGUAGAUCGGUGCCAAAGCUAAUAAGUGACCAUCGCCGAAGUAACUUUUUUGUUUCGCAAUUUCUGAAAUGAAAAGACUUAUU